GAGCUGACCAAAUCCAUGGCUAAGCUUACCAAGUGACCUAGGCUGUACUUAUCCUUUUCCACCCUUGCUCCCUGUAUAAUACACGUUUCUUAGUACCACGUUUCUUGUAUCCAUACCACCAUCAUCCCUUUCCUGUAUAACCAGCUAUGUCGAAUGGACGGGGACUACCACUUCUCAGUGGCCCGCCACCUUCUUAUACUGGUGAUUUAGGCUCCUCGUGUAGGAGAUGCAGCAAGGACUUCAAUGUCAUCUUUUCUAGAGCUAAGAGAUGUAAUCACUGUGGCUACUCCUAUUGUUCCUCCUGCUCCGAUUUCCAAGCAUUAAUGCCGCGCCCUGGUCCCCUAUCUGGGAUAUCGGGUUAUGAUACAGCAAGUGUCUGCGCAUAUUGUAUCGAAUUCUUGACCAUAACGGCAUCGGGAAAGACACACUUAAAGUCUAUGCCAUUAGCCAAAUUGAAGAAAUACGUUGAUGUUUAUAACAUUAAAGUCAACGGAGCAAUCGAAAAACAGGAUCUCAUCGAUUCCAUCAUCGCCGUCAGAACCGCUUACGGAUGUCUGCCUUUUGCAAAUGAAGAUUACUACCGUAAACAUUCAGUACCUAAUCAAGGGUCCCCCGGCCGUCGUGGCAUAUUUUCACGCUUGGCUCCAGACCCUCCUCUUCGACCAAGUGCACAACCACGCGCUCAGUCUUCUCGCCCUGCGUUCGCUCGCCCUGACCUCGAUCCAAAUCACAGACCCACAACAUCAUACACACCUCGUCCGCAGUCGCAGUCCCAGACCCGUCCACAGACACAAUACAGGCCGUACACUUCUUCCUCGCGUUCAGGCAGUACUUCCCACCGGUCUACGUCUUCGCAAGCGUCCCCGAAUUUGGGCGUACCGCCACAACAUGCCCGGACGCGCACAACAUCUGCGCCUCCUACACCCACCCCUACGCCACUCGUGCCAGUCCCGGUGCCGACAUUGGACGAGUUGCUCGACAUGAUGCCAUAUCAGAUAGCUGCUCUUUCGAUAGGGACGCUGAAGGGCAUUUUGUCAGAUAAUCAUGUUAAUGCACGGUUGAUACUAGAGAAGAGCGACCUUGUAGCCAAGGUCAGUACACUGGUAGAAGAUGAACGGCAAGAACGUGAGAGGAAGAGGAGAGAGGAAGAAGAGGAAGAACAACAACAAAGGUGGGCCAGAGAGGAUGCAGAAAACGAGAGACAGAGACAAGAGGCUGCUGCUGCAGAAAGGGCACGGCGGCAAGCCCGCGUAUCCCCCGAUAUUGACGAAAUGAACGUUGACGGCUCUACAACCGCUGAGGCAGGACACCAGAUACAAUCAUCUGACGAAGACACCAACAGGGCCAAGUCCCCGGCGCCACCGAUGACACCUCCAAAGGCGCAGCCACUCGUCGAACGCCAUGGACUCUGUACCAUAUGCCAGGAUGAAGAAGCAAAUAUUGCCAUUGUAGAUUGCGGACAUCUUGCAAUGUGUCGCGCGUGUUCAGAGUUGGUGAUGAGCUCGACCCGCGAAUGUCCCCUCUGCCGCACACGUAUAGUUACUAGCGCGCGUUUAUUGCGAAUUUACAGGACAUGAUGCACGAAGGCGUUAAGACGUUAGCUCUGCUACACCGAAUGUAUCUGUAGUAUACCUGGAACUGGUUUUUUCACAUUAAGUCAUGUUUAUGGUCUUUGUUGUUCAUCAUUCUGGUUGUAAUCCUCUCCUCUCUCUACACAUAUGAAUGCAAAUGCAAUACUGUAGAAUGUU